GUGUUCUCAUUCCGGAGGAGAAGCACGCCUGGAAACCCCUUCUGCUAAAAAAUUAACUGAUAUCGGAAUCAGGAGAAUCUUUUCCUCAGAACACGACAUUUUCCGGGAAAGUGUAAGGAAGUUUUUUCAGGAAGAAGUGGUUCCGUACCAUGCAGAAUGGGAGAAAGCUGGAGAAGUGAGUAGAGAAUUGUGGGAGAAAGCUGGCAAGCAAGGCCUGCUUGGCGUCAACAUCGCAGAGAAACAUGGCGGUAUUGGCGGAGACUUGUUCUCAACAGCAGUUACUUGGGAAGAGCAAGCAUACUCAAACUGCACAGGCCCUGGUUUCAGUCUUCAUUCGGAUAUUGUCAUGCCCUAUAUUGCACAUUAUGGCACAAAAGAACAGAUAGAGCACUUCAUCCCUCAGAUGACGGCAGGCAAGUGCAUCGGUGCCAUAGCAAUGACAGAGCCUGGUGCUGGAAGUGACUUACAAGGAGUCAGAACAAAUGCCAAAAGGUCUGGGAGUGAUUGGAUUCUCAACGGAAGCAAGGUGUUCAUCACUAAUGGCUGGUUAAGUGACCUUGUGAUCGUAGUUGCCGUCACCAAUCGUGAAGCUCGGUCGCCUGCCCAUGGUAUUAGCCUUUUCUUGGUGGAGAAUGGAAUGAAAGGGUUUAUCAAGGGCCGGAAGCUACACAAAAUGGGAAUGAAAGCUCAGGACACAGCAGAACUAUUCUUUGAAGAUGUACGAUUGCCAGCUAGUGCCCUACUUGGAGAAGAGAAUAAAGGCUUCUACUACCUCAUGCAAGAGCUCCCACAGGAAAGGCUGUUAAUUGCAGAUUUGGCAAUUUCUGCCUGUGAGUUCAUGUUUGAAGAAACCAGGAACUAUGUUAAGCAAAGGAAAGCUUUUGGGAAAACAGUUGCACACAUACAGACGGUGCAGCAUAAACUAGCAGAAUUAAAAACAAACAUAUGUGUAACGAGAGCUUUUGUGGACAGCUGUCUGCAGUUGCACGAAGAAAAACGUCUGGACUCUGGCUCAGCUUCCAUGGCAAAAUAUUGGGCAUCUGAAUUACAAAACAGUGUAGCUUACGACUGUGUACAACUCCAUGGAGGCUGGGGUUACAUGUGGGAGUACCCGAUUUCAAAAGCUUAUGUGGACGCUAGGGUUCAGCCAAUCUACGGUGGUACCAACGAAAUAAUGAGAGAGCUGAUCGCAAGACAGAUCGUCAGUGACAGCUAGACAUCUGCCUACGUCCUGCAAUCCUAUUACAUACAGCUAACCUGAAUUCAACUCUACUUGGGAUAAAAUGGAACCUGGAAAGGGGGAAUAGUAAAGCUGUUUUAUGUAUGCUUAUUACAGGGAAAGGAAAGAAAUAUAAUUACAAAGAUUAACACGGGAAAGAAAAAAAUUUGAACCCAAAGAGUCUAAAGUUAGGCUGUAAAAGGCUUAACUUUUUUUUUUUUUAUACAGUGAACAUGGAAGAUUUUCUAACUUGAGAGCCUUAAUGUCUCACUUGUCUUUCAAAUUCUGAAGAGCAUAAAUUUCUUUGAUCCUUAAAGUUGAGGCAGACAUAAUUUUAUAUCCUUAUUAACAUUAAAUAAUACUUGCAGACUUUGAAAAGGCAAAAUAAUUGUAACUCAUAGAAAGUCAGUCAUUUCAGGUCAUUUUUGCUCCAAAGUCUCUAGAACAUUGGUUCCCACCAUCUUACCAUCUACCCCUUGCUUUUUAAGCAAUGAAUAGAACCCUCUCUUCAGAAAAGAACAGACUGAACCAUAUACAGUACACAGAGAGGCAAUUAUGUAUCGAUUACAAAUAAAGUAAAACUUUAAAACAAA